AUUUUCAUGUGCUUCGCACAGAUGUUAACCAAAAAAUUAUUAUUUCUCUAAAUUAGAAUGGAAAUUAUCAAUCAAAAGACUGGUGAUACGGCCUUCCAUAAAAUUGUUUCAAACGGUCUUGAAGAGACAAGGAACUUCUGCGAGAGUUCAAAAUACGAACAGAAAAUAUUGGAAGUCAGCAACUUCGCCUAUCAAAGACCGAUUCACGUGUCAGUUGCAGCGAAAAACCCUGCAUUAGUGCGAUACUUGCUGCAAAAAGGUGCGGAGGUGGACUCGUUCAAAAAGGGUGACUGGACCUCUCUGAUGGUCGCGAGUGCCCAAACCGGCGCCGCGGCUGCCGAGAUUGCGGAAAUUCUGAUUGACGCAGGAGCGAAUGCCGAGUUGAAAAAUAAGGACGGCUGGACAGCAAUGCACAUCGCUUGCAGGACGGGCCACGUGACCGUUGUCCAGCUGCUGGCAAGACACCGUCCAACCCUGGUGGCGACGCCAUCGAGGAACGGUCGGCUGCCGCUGCACAUUGCGGCGCUGAACGCGCACACCGCGGUGGUCAAGUUCCUAAUCGAGGUCGGAGGGGUCGAAAGCGCGUCCAAGGCCGACUUUUGCGGCUCCACCCCAGUCCUAGACGCCGCCGCCGGAGGAAGCCUGGACACCCUCGCGUUUUUAGCCGAAUUAGACGAUUUGAGGAAGCACAAGGACGAACGAGGCUUAAAUUGUCUGCACAGGGCGGCGCAAAUCGGAAGCGUUGAGUUGCUGCGAUUUUUGGUUGAAGAAAAACGGUUUAAUUUGGAUGAAGAAACAAGGGAUGGAUUCUCCGCGGUCAUGCUCGCCGCCAUGGAGGGGCAAGUCACGGCUGUGAUUCUGCUCUUCCGCUUCGGAGCAGCAACGCAAACUUCUUCGAGAAAUGUUUUUGCCCUUGCGAGAGGUCUGCCAAGCGAGGAAUUGAAGCAUCAUUUUCUUAACUCAAAGGCUGGAGAAGUGAAAUAAACUGUGAUAGAAACAAAUAA